UAGAUUUUUUUCUGUCGUUUUGUCUGUCUGUCUGUCAUUCCUCCAAGAUAGGACGGUUUGAGACCAAUUUUUUAGUUUUCAAGCAGAAUUCUAACGGAUUUUCGACUUUUAGAGCGCCGAAAUGGCUUUAAACGCUCAGUACGAGGCAAUAGGAAAAGGUUUUGUACAGCAAUAUUAUGCAUUAUUUGAUGACCCCACACAAAGGCCAAACUUGGUUAACAUGUAUAAUGUCGAAUUAUCGUUCAUGACAUUCGAAGGUGUUCAAAUACAAGGAGCGCCAAAAAUUAUGGAAAAAUUAAAUGGUUUAACGUUCCAAAAAAUUAAUAGGAUAAUAACUGCAGUUGAUUCUCAACCAAUGUUCGAUGGUGGUGUCUUAAUUAAUGUUUUAGGGAGAUUACAGGCUGAUGAGGACCCUCCACAUGCUUUUUCACAGGUUUUCGUCCUCAAACCUCUAGGAAGUUCAUUCUUUGUUCAACAUGACAUUUUCCGUCUCGGUAUUCAUGAUUCCGCAUAAGUUUAAAAUUAAAUAACACCAUUUUAAUUGCAAGUGAAGUUUUAAAAACAAUCCUCACACGACUAUUGUUAAGUAAUUUCUUAUAUUGGUUAAUUGUAUAAGCCUAAGUUCAUUUUUGUUUAUUUGUUCAUCGUAUUUAAUGUCUAUUGAUAUAUAAAAGUAAACCUAUUUUCCAAAAUA